AUGGCUCAGAAUGGUGCACAGUUGGUAAGCAGACUUGAAGGGCGAAAGUCUUUGAGGGACAUUGAACCCAAUAUAUUUCCUGUCGACGGUGGUCCAGGUCAAGGUGACGUCGUGGAGUUUCAUGGCUUGGAGGGCACAGGUAAGACGGAAACCUUGUACCACCUCAUCAGCCGCUGCAUCAUGCCAGUCCAGAGUGGAGGUCUGGAGGUGGCGGUGGUCUGCAUUGACACGGACUACCACUUUGACAUGCUGCGCUUAGUGAGCGUUCUGGAGGGACGUUUGGCCAAAGACUCUAAGGUGGGUGAAGGCUCUGAAAAUGAAUCUGAGGAGAGGGUACGUUUAUGUCUGCACAGGCUGUCUGUAGUACACUGCAACUGCUCAGUACAGCUCCUCCUAACCCUGCACUACCUGUUAAACACUUUCUCCAGCCAGCCCUCCCUCGGCCUGCUGGUCAUCGACAGCAUCUCUUCCUUCUACUGGGGGGACAGAUUCAAUGGUGGUGAAAGCACUGUUUGUCAGGAGGCUAACCUGAGAAAGUGUGCCGAGUUGCUGGAUAGACUCCGCAGAAACUAUGGCAUUGUGAUUUUCGCCACCACUCAUGCCAUAAUGAGGAACUAUGGAUCUGAUCCAGGGGUGUCAGAAGUGCCCGGCCCCUUAUCAACAUCAUCUCGCAGGUGGAGGUCAGCUGGUAGUGCUACAGACUUUGACAAGCCCUACCUGUGCAAAGCAUGGCAGAGAAUAGUAACUCACAGGAUGCUGUUCACUAAGAGUCCUGUGUCAAAGGACCACAAGCAGGUUUUCUCCACAGCAUGUACCAGCAUAAUGAUCAAAGGUGUCAAAAGAUGCUAAUUUCAUGUCAUGGAGGAUGGUAUUAAAUUUGUAUGUGACAAGUGAGCAUGUACUGAAAUUCUCAGCACAGGACAUAUUUGCUUUUGGGUUGUCA